GAAAGCGAGGAUGGCAUUGAAGGAGAUGCUGUACUCUCAGAUUACGAAAGCGCAGAAGACUCGGAGGCAGAGGAAGAGGAUUACAGUGAGGAAGAAAGUGCCAAAGUGGAACUGAAGCAGGACAGUAAUGAUUCCUGUGAGUCAGCAGCAAAAGCAGAGAAAGGGGAUGAGAAACCUGACUCCAAAGGUGCUGUAACUGGCGAGAGGCAAAGCGGGGACGGGCAGGAGAGCACUGAACCUGUUGAGAAUAAAGUUGGAAAAAAAGUUCCCAAGCACCUGGAUGCCGCCGAGGACCGGAAGAACCCGGCUUAUACCCGCCGCAAAGGGCUCUUCUUUGAGCACGACCUCCGAGGGCAGACGCAGGAGGAGGAGGUCAGGCCGAAGGGUCGUCAGCGGAAGCUGUGGAAGGACGAGGGCCGCUGGGAGCACGACAAAUUCCGGGAGGACGAGCAGGCCCCCAAGACCAGGCAGGAGCUGAUUGCGCUUUAUGGCUAUGACAUCAGGUCGGCUCACAACCCUGAUGACAUCAAGCCGAGGAGAAUGCGCAAACCAAGGUUUGGGAGUCCUCCUCAGCGAGACCCAAACUGGUCCAAUGAGAGGCCGAGUAAGCCCCCAAGGCACCAAGCCGCAGACAGCACUUCGGCUCCUCCGCGAACCUUCACCAACAGGAGCUCCGCAGGUACAGGGAGGAUGCCCCCACCUAGGAACUACCCGAGGAUGGGGGGCUACAAAGAGACCCGUCCGAGCUACCGAGUUUCGGAAGCAAACGUCCAACAUCUGCCUCGAAACGGCGAGCAAGUGAAACAGGAGAGCAGCUAUCGAGCGAAGCGUACAGAGCAAUCCCCACCGAGAGACAAGUCACCUGAGAUGGAAGCGGCACACGUCCACAGCAGCCCUGUGAAGGAGGAGGUGGCUUUGGAAAACCAAGCCACGGCUGCUGAUGCUGCACAGCCACCACCAGACAGACCAAUUGAAAAGAAGUCUUAUUCCCGGGCAAGAAGGACCAGAAUCAAAGCUGGGGAUGCGGGAAAGCUGGCAGACGAAGUGCCCGCUUCGGAAGGGCUGACUCCCGUGCCUCCAAAACCUGUGCAAGCCGAGACAUCCUCCCCACCAGCCAAAAGCAGUAACUGGGAGUCGCCGGUAGAAUCCAGUUUGGAUGGACUGGAGCAGGAGAUGACCCAAAUGAAUCUCGCUGAGCAGAACUGGACUCCGGGGCAGUCUCAGUUCCUACAGCCCCGGGAACUGAGGGGUAUUCCUAACCAUAUGCACGUGGGAACUGGGCCACCGCCUCAGUUUAACAGGAUGGAGGAAAUGGCAGUGCAGGGGGGCCGUGUGAAACGCUACUCGUCGCAGCGGCAGAGACCACCGGUGCCGGAGCCUGCUCCCCCAAUGCACAUCAGCAUCAUGGAAGGGCACUACUACGACCCACUACAAUUCCAGGGACCAAUCUACACCCACAGUGAGAACCCGGCCCCGCUGCCGCCCCAAGGGAUGAUCGUACAGCCGGAAAUGCACCUCCCUCAUCCAGGUUUACAUCCCCACCAGACGCCAGCGCCCAUGGCAAACCCUGGGCUGUACCCUCCGCCAGUCUCCAUGCCCCCAGGACAGCCCCCGCCACAGCAGCUGCUUGCACCGACUUACUUCUCCCCUCCUGGAGUCAUGAAUUUUGGGAAUCCUGGCUACCCCUACCCCCCAGGAGCUCUGCCCCCUCCACCCCCUCCUCAUCUCUAUUCCAACACGCAGGCCCAGUCCCAGGUGUACGGAGGGGUCACGUACUACAACACUGUCCAGCAGCAAGUGCAGCCCAAGCCUUCUCCACCUCGAAGGACGUCCCAGCCUGUGACUAUCAAGCCACCACCUCCUGAGGACAGCAAAGGUGAAAAAUCAAAGGAGAGGAGCAACACGUAG